CCCAAGAACAUCAUGCCGGCAAGGGAGGCUGCCCACGGACUCGAUCCCGGGAUGGAGGCAUCCUAUGCCACCCUUGGCCAGCUGUCCUACGUCCCGACAACGCACACAACCGUCGUAACCACUACGACCACGACCAAGAUCGACUUUCCGCCGAUCUUGCUGCGAGCUCCCCGGAGUUUGGUGGAGCGGGAUCCCAAAAUAUACCCUCUGGCGUGCUCUCCAGCCCCGGAGUCUGUCAGGCGAUUUGCUUUCGAUGCCGGAGGCACACAGGCUUAUUUCAACGAAGCCGACGACGUCCAACAGUCUCUCAACGAGUAUAACACUCGACAUGACGCCCUCAUCGCUGCUAAUGGAAGAGUGGAAUCGGUCCAGCACUAUAACGCUCAGUACGAAACGCCAAACCGUACUACACAAAGCUCGGGUAUUACUGGUAGAACACUAACGGACCCUCUAACAAGGUCAUUCUCGGGUCGUAGAAAGCGCUCCUCGUCGCCACCCUCUAUUGCUGAAGCAGCUGAGCUCGCAAGCUUACAACGGAAGAGCAAGAAAUCUCGGGCCACAAUACUCGGUUGUCAAGAUGCUGAGGGAACGGUUCCUGCUACUCCAGACACGGAUGCGGGGACAUCUGGACGCUUCAAGAUUCCUAAAAUAAAGGGUGGCUCGAGGAGGUCCAAUUUGCGAUCCUCCAACCAAGGCGAGAAGGCACGCCAAUCGCCUGCGAAUCAGACGAGGAACCUCACAACUGCCAACUCGGGCGAAGGAGCGACUCCAAUACAUGAAUCUCGUUUUCACGCUGCAGUGCUGGACGGCCCUGGUAUUUCCGCAACCCCGCCCAUUGCAGAGACCGACAUGGAACCUGUUACUUCCUUCUCUUCUGGCGAUGUACCGUUCGCAAGACCAGCUCGUCCCGCUCCCCUUGACACUGUAUUAACACAGGAUGCAAGCCUCCCGAGCCCGAGCCUCUCGCCAAUCACUGCUGCCGCAAACCUUGCCCAUAACGCAAAUCAUAACUCGCUCAGAGGUGGAGACGGCCAGGAAGAGGAUCCGUACGAAGUUUCAAUUUUGGAUAUUUCGGAGGACAGGUCGGAUCAAGCAAGCGGGUUAACAAAACUACAAACCCGCUCUGCGUCGCGAAUGCAGCACAUCGAUCUACCGGACCGGCUCGAUGGCGCAAGUCCGAACCCACAGCUUCCUACCCCUACCGUCAUGGGCAUACCGGCAAUGCUGGACUCCUUUGACUCAAUGCCGGAGCAGAUGAAGACCUACGUCAUGUUUCACUUGCUCCGUCGGUGCACAAAGCCAACUCUCCAUUUCGUUGCCGACGUCGUGAACCCUGCGUUAAAAUGCGAUUUCCUGGGACUGCUCCCACUUGAGCUCGGCUUGAAUGUUUUGAAAUAUCUAGAUGUCAAGAGCAUGUGCAAUGCCGCACAGGUUUCGAGGAAAUGGAGGCACAUUGUUGACACGGACGAAACCGCCUGGAAGGACCUACUAGCAAAGGACGGCUACGAACUGCCGGAUGGAGACCUAGAGCGAGCAGUAAAAGAAGGUUGGGGUUGGCAAUACCCUCAUUCUUCGGAGAGCUACGAGCGGGACCUAAGGGUCAACGCAUAUGCCGCCAAAUCCGAUGGAGAGUCGCCUGGAUCUUCCGGCUCGAGCACUGUUGGCAGUUAUGCUGACAGUGAAGGCCCUGCGAGUACUAAAGCGAUAUCUGCCAGACCUAAGAGGAAAGCUAGCUCAUUGAAGCUUGGAAACUCGAAGAAGCAACGCAGGAAAGGCCCGACAACGAGCAAGGCACAAGCACCAAGCUGGAGCCGAUCUCUAGGAAAUGCACACGGGCCAAUCGCUAUCGCUAAUGUAGCAAUCUCGGCAGUUCCAAAUCCUAAUAUCGGACUUCCCAGUCUACGAAGCCUGCAUCUCUUCAAAUCUUUGUACACCAGACAUCACCUCAUUCGAAAGAGUUGGAUGGAGGAAGAAACGCGACCGAAGCACAUCGCGUUCCGCGCCCAUCAACGACACGUCGUCACUUGCCUUCAAUUCGACACGGACAAGAUCCUUACUGGCAGCGAUGAUACUAAUAUUAACGUUUAUGAUACAAAGUCGGGAGCGCUCCGCAGCCAUCUUGAAGGGCACGAGGGGGGAGUAUGGGCUCUGCAAUAUGAGGGCAACACAUUGGUUUCUGGCUCAACUGACAGAUCGGUGCGGGUGUGGGACAUCGAGAAGGGCAAGUGCACACACGUGUUCCAAGGCCAUACUUCUACAGUCAGAUGCCUUGUCAUUUUAAAGCCAACGCCGACUGGAGAGAUUGUGGAUGGCCAGUCGGUUAUGAUGCCUAGAGAACCACUCAUCAUUACGGGUUCCCGGGACUCGAGCCUGCGGGUUUGGAAGCUCCCUCAACCUGGUGAGCGUUCUAUCAUUCAGACUGGUCCGCCGGCCAACGAUCACGACAACCAGUAUUUCAUCCGCGCCUUGACUGGCCACCACCAUUCUGUGCGAGCUAUCGCUGCACAUGGAGACACCCUCAUCAGUGGUAGUUACGACUGCACCGUUCGUGUUUGGAAAAUAUCAACCGGUGAAACGGUUCACCGCCUUCAAGGGCACGCACAGAAGGUAUACAGCGUUGUUCUGGACCAUGCUCGCAAGCGGUGCAUCAGUGGAUCUAUGGACAAUAUGGUAAAGGUUUGGUCGCUUGAGACUGGUCAAUGUCUAUUCAACCUUGAGGGCCACACGUCACUCGUCGGGUUACUCGAUCUCAGUCAUGAACGUCUCGUUUCUGCGGCUGCGGACUCUACCCUGCGCAUAUGGGAUCCGGAGAAUGGGCAGUGCAAGAGCACUCUUAGUGCGCACACUGGUGCUAUCACCUGCUUCCAGCAUGAUGGACAGAAAGUCAUCUCAGGAUCGGACCGCACGCUCAAGAUGUGGAAUGUCAAGACUGGAGAAUGCGUCAAGGAUCUUUUGACUGACUUGAGUGGCGUUUGGCAAGUCAAAUUUAAUGAGCGACGGUGUGUUGCGGCGGUGCAGCGUAACAACAUGACAUACAUCGAGGUCCUUGACUUCGGCGCUUCCCGAGAUGGCGUCCCAGCCGACCAGCGUGGCCGCAGGAUUGUUGUCGAUUCCAAAGGUCGCGAAGUUGAAGAUCUCGACGACUCCCGAACUCGGGGAACUGAAGAUAUCGAGGAGGUCAUUGACGCGGACGCGCCAUGAUCUCUCGUCAGCCUGAGGAUCCUUACUUGAUGAUUAUCGGCAAUUCAGGUCAAAAUACGGCUUCACGAGAUCUUCAACGCCAACUGCUGCAUCCUUCAAUAACGAAGGCCCAGCUCUUCAUCGGCGAAGAUAAGCCACGGAGGACGUUCAUUGGGAAUAUCUGGUUUAAGGCUUGCUGGCCUUGUUCUUGUUCUUUUGUCUAAGUGCUAAGCUGUGAUACCCUCUUUCGCGGCAUCGUCCGAAACUUCGGAGGCAUCGGCCUCACACCUGCAUCAGCGUUAUUGGGGCGUUAAGCGUGAGAUGGGCGGACACCACUGCAUGUUUACGGAG